GUUCAUUAAUAAGACGUUUGCUUUAUAAACACGUCGUCGGGUUACAGCGACUGAAAUGGAUUGGGUUGAUGUGCUGAUACUGGCUAGUCUUCUUUCACAUGGCUCGUAUGGUCAGUUGGAUGUGUGCGGCACCACGUUCUUCAACUCCAGGAUAGUAGGAGGUUGUGAUGCUCCAGUGGGAAGUUGGCCUUGGCAGGCAAGCCUGCAUUACUUAGGAGAACAUGCUUGUGGAGGUUCCCUCAUCAAUAAAGAAUGGGUGCUGUCUGCUGCUCACUGCUUUUUCUUCACGAGUUCCAGCACGUCCAGUUGGACCGUGUAUCUGGGCCGGCAGAAUCAGGAAGGCGCCAAUCCAAAUGAAGUUUCCAGAAGAGUCUCUACGAUAAUCGUGCACCCCGACUAUGACAGUAAUACUAAAGAUAAUGACGUCGCUCUACUCAAACUGAGCACUCCGGUCAGUUUUACCAGCUACAUCAGACCAGCUUGCCUGGCAGCUAAUAACAGUGUUUUUCACAGUGGAAUGGAGAGCUGGGUCACUGGAUGGGGGAACGUUAAUGAGGGAGAGCCUCUUCCAUCUCCUCAGACUCUACAGGAAGUGAAGGUUCCAGUGAUAGGAGACAGACAGUGUAGGUGCCUGUAUAGCGUUGAAGAAAUCACCAACAACAUGAUCUGUGAUGGUCUAUUAGAAGGAGGAAAGGACUCAUGCCAGGGGGAUUCAGGAGGUCCCAUGGUGAGCAAGCAGAACUCGGUGUGGGUUCAGGCGGGUGUGGUCAGUUUCGGGGUUGGUUGCGCUCAGCCUGAGUUUCCUGGAGUUUACGCCAGAGUGUCUCGCUACCAAACCUGGAUCAGCUCUCACAUUAGCAGUGACCCUCCAGGCUUCGUCCAGUUCUUCUCCAGUGGAGCUGAUCCUGACAGCACUGACACCUGCCCUGCCCUGCCACUGCCAGUGACCACUGGACCAGAAAAUUCCAGUGAAACGAAUCUCUCUCCCGCAUCCUCUGCUGAAGUGUGCGGCACCACGCUCUUCAGCUCCAGGAUAGUCGGAGGUCAUGAUGCUACAGCUGGAAGUUGGCCUUGGCAGGCAAGCCUGCACUUAGGAGAACAUUUUUGUGGAGGUUCCCUCAUCAAUAAAGAAUGGGUGCUGUCAGCUGCUCACUGCUUCGAGGGCUCCAGCACAUUUGAGUGGACUGUGUAUCUGGGUCAACAGAACCAAGAGGGCAGCGACCCCAAUGCAGUGUCCAGAAACGUUUCAGUGAUAAUUUUGCACCCCAAUUACAAUAAUGACACAUACGAUAACGACGUGGCUCUCGUCAAGCUGGACUCUCCAGUGUCCUUCACUGAAUAUGUCAGGCCCGUGUGUCUGGCAGCAGAAGAUAGUGUUUUCAACACAGGCACGUCCAGCUGGGUCACAGGAUGGGGGGAGGUCGACCAAGGUGUGCCCCUUCCGUCUCCUCAAACCCUUCAGGAAAUUGAUAUCCCAGUAAUAGGAAACAGACAGUGUAACUGCCUCUACGAUGGAGGAGUCACGAACAACAUGAUCUGUGCUGGCCUGCUAGAAGGGGGCAAAGACUCCUGCCAGGGGGAUUCAGGAGGUCCAAUGGUGAGCAAGCAGAACUCCGUGUGGGUUCAGGCAGGCGUGAUCAGUUUCGGGGUUGGUUGCGCUCAGCCUGAGUUUCCUGGAGUUUACGCCAGAGUGUCUCGCUACCAAACCUGGAUCAGUUCUCACAUCAGCAGUGACCCUCCAGGCUUCGUCCAGUUCCUCUCCAGUGGAGCUGAUCCUGACAGUACCUACACUUGCCCCACCACUGCUUCAUUAACAACCACCAGAGCACUACAGUGGCGCGCAUGUGGUGAAGCCCCACUCAACUCUCGCAGCAGAGGAAACACCACCGCCAUAGAUGGGACCUGGCCCUGGAUGGUCAGCCUGCAGUGGGAUGGACAGCACAUGUGUUCGGGCACUCUAAUAAGCGCAGAGUUUGUCAUGACAACUGCACUGUGCUUAUCAGAUUCUCCCCAGAAUGCCAGCAGCUGGACAGUGUCUCUGGGCUAUCAGUCUAAAAGAAACAGCUCUGACGCUUUCCUGCACUCUGUGGUUGUGGUGGCCAUCACCCUCAGCAACCUGACCCACAUGCCCAACAUUGCGGUGCUGCAGCUGGAGGAGCCGGUGGAGUUGAGUGACCUCAUCCAGCCUGUAUGUGUGGACCUGGACAGCCAGAGGAGCUUUCCUCUGGGCUUAACCUGCUGGGUCACUGGCUACAGGGAUGGCAAUGCUACUGGUCUUGAGGUGGAGGAGCAGCACACGACUCUAGUAGACUGUGGUGGAAGCCAGUCGUCCUCUGAGCACAUCUGCACUGAAGCACUGUUUACAGAAGAGGGUGAUUUAGGAAGCGUGUUAACAUGUAAGUCUGGUCUGUCCUGGCAGCAAGCUGGCAUGAUCAUGUCUGUUUCAGAAGGGAAUUCCAUUCGAGAGUCCAGAAUGCAGGUCUUCUCCAGGGUGUCUGAGUUUGAAGACUUCCUCCAGAGAACUGUAACUGAUCUUCAUCUCUACAUGUCAAAGGCUACCUCAGCACCUUCUAUCGAAGAGACCACGAGAUCACAAAGUGCAGCAUCAUCUUCCUCAUCUCUGUUCCUGCUCUCUGGACUGCUUGUGUUCUGCUUCUUCAUAUGAAGAGAAAAUGGCAGCAGUCACUGACUGUGUUUGACUGAUGAACAAAAGAGACCAAAGAUGUUCAUGUAUAAUUGUAAUAAUUUCCAUUUUUGUCAUUUUUCAGUUUUUUACAGAAUUUGAAAAUGUCUUUUGCCCUUUGUAUUGUAUGUAAAU